AGUCACUAUCUCUCCUCCACCUGCAAGAGACUACAGCUCACUGCAGAAAUACAACAGAGAAAUAUACCUGAAAAACUAUGGCAAGCAGCAAGUUUAUUCUUCUGAGCCUUUGCUCACUGGUGCUCCUGUCCCAGUUCAUCACUCCAGCGCAGUCAUGGAGCUGCUGUCUGAAGUACACCAAGAGACCGUUGCCAUGUAAAAGGUUGCUGGCCUACAGCAUCCAGACCGUGAAAAAGAACUGUGACAUCAACGCCGUCAUAUUCCACCACAGCAGCGGCCGGUUUGUGUGCGCAGACCCCCUGUCCCCCCAGACCCAGAGAGGCAUGCAGUGUGUCGAUGAGAGGAGGAAGCAAGAAUCAAAGGUCCUGAAGCAAUAAAACCAACACUCAUGUUAAAUAUUUGAACUCAGCUAUACUCAGCUUGCUAUUUAAUUGUCUAUAUCUAAAUCUAUAUUUAUGUGUGUGUGUAUAUAUAUUUUAUAUAUAUAUCAUUGUGUAUUGUUCUAUUUUAUGAACAGGCUUUAGUAGUAUUUGUAAUACUGUACAAGACAUUUAAUUUUGGAUAGAAACACAUGUAAACUGUGGAUGCAGUGAUUUUGUAUUGUUCACUUAAGUGAAUGUAAAGUAAAGCAAUAAUGUUGAACUAUAAAAGGUGUAACUUGGUUUAAUUUCUGUACUGUAAUAAUAGGCUUCAGUAAAAUAUUCAAUUAAUUUACACAUUGUAUUUGACUUUAGAUCGGAGUUUAGAUAGAAAAGUUCUGGAACGAUUCAUUUCUGUCCAGUUGAAGUGACUUUUUUAGUAUUUCGAUACUAGUUUCAAUUCUACACUGGAAAAAAAUCUAGAUAAGUUAAAAUGACUUAAAUUAAGAACAUUUUAUUUAAUUUGAGUAUAUUCAACUUGACAAGUGAAAUGAUCUAACUUCACAGGGACAGUUUAUACUUCCACUACCCUGAAAAGAACUGUUCUGUACAAAGCUUCUUUGGAACACGCUCCCCCAAACCUAAACCAUUCACAAAAAUGAACCAAGUUUUAAGAAAAUGUUAAAGAAAUAUAUUGGAAAUUGUACAUAAUUAUAUUUAGUCACUUUCUAUGCAUUGUCAUUUAUUGGAUAUAUUAUAACUGUAGUAGUGUUGUGUAGUGUAGUACUAUGGAACGGAACUGUAUGAACUUAUGUGUGAACUUUUUUGUUAUUAUAUUGGAACAGUUUAUUGUAAAUUAUGCCAACUUUGACCCCAGGAAGAAAAGUCUUUACCCCACUAAAGACUAAUGGAGA